CGAAAAAUAGUGCUUUUGGAGUCGAAGUGCAAAGCGGACGGAUUUCUGAAUGGAUGUGAUUUUUUACCGUUCCAUAAGUGUUAGAAAAUAACUCCUGAUUUGGCACUCACUGCAUAUUCCAGACAUUGAUGGAUGUAGUUAAUGUGGCCAAUGCAUUUAAUUAAUUUUAAAAACGGAGUCGUGCCAGUCAGUAUGAAAAGUGCUGUCUAAUCAAAUAAUAAAAAGCAUUUUGGUUGUGUCCACUCCAGUUUAGGAGUGUGAGAAAAAGAGAGACAAAGAAAAAUGUCGACCAGCGAGAUUGAAGAAUUCGUAAAUGGAGCACUAAUUUCGUGGAUUGAAUCAUGCCUCCCGCGGCACGAGAUAAUAGCUGGCUACGUAUCACUGCUGGAUGGGACCAUCCUACAUACUGUGUACCUUCAAAUUGACCCCGAACCUCAGUAUCAUCCGGUUAAGUUGAAGAGUGUGGAAGGGCUUUCACUGAUUACAAGUCGCUCGCGGAACUUCGAUGCUAUAGUACGAAAUCUGCGGAACCUGUACGAUGAAGAACUUGGCCAGACAAUAUUGGCUUUACCAGACUGUUCGAUUCUUGGUCAAUCUCCAGAAUCGCGAGCCGGAUUGGAACAGAUGAAACUAUUAAUAACCCUACUCUUGGGUGCUGCCGUUCAAUGUCCAAAUAAGGAAAUCUUCAUUGCUCGAAUCAAAGAACUGGAUCUAGAUACGCAACAUGCGAUAGUUGAAGUUAUCAAGCAGGUCACUGACAGCCAGACAUUAGUAUUGACGCAGGAAGCGUUUGAUCAGCUUUCAUCGGAAACCAUGUGCAAACACAUCAUCCGACUUGCGAAAGAGCGUGAUCAGUAUCACAGCAAAUGGAUGUCAACAAUCAUGUCCGAUGCGGAUGCGAUGAACAGCUCGAGCUCAAAAACGAGCCUACACAAUUCUUGCUCGGCAACAACGAGUUCAGCUAAUACUCCAUCUACGUCAUCAGAAAAUAAUCACCUUGCGGUGGAACUAGCGGAUUAUAAGUCCAAACUCAGAAAGUUACGACAAGAAUUGGAAGAAAAAUCCGAAAUGCUAAUGGAGGUUAAGGAAGAGCUUGACCACAAAAGUAACCAAUAUGAAAAACUGCGAGUAGAAAGUCAAGAUUGGUAUUCAGAAGCCAGGCGAGCAGCGGCUUAUCGAGACGAGGUGGAUGUGUUGCGUGAACGUGGAGAACGAGCGGAUCGUCUUGAAAUGGAAGUGCAAAAAAUGAGGGAAAAGCUUUCCGAUGCCGAAUUUUAUCGGACUAGAGUGGAGGAACUGAGAGAGGAUAAUCGCAUGCUGUUGGAAACGAAGGAAAUGUUAGAGGAACAGUUGCUUCGUUCCCGGAAGCGAAGCGACCAGGUCAUGAUUUUAGAGACAGAAAUUAUCAAAUUUAAACAAAUGUUAAAUGAUAUGUCACUUGAGCGAGACGUGGACAAGAGUAAACUGCAGGACCUAUUGGAAGAAAAUGUUCAGCUGCAGUUGGCUACCAAGAAUUUGAUGGCUGGCCCUGAAUCAGCGAUUAAUCAAAGUCAAUCAGACACAGAAGAAGAUGUACCAUCCAACGAUAACAGUUUGUCCGAGCAGUUGACCACGAAUGCUCAGUCUCGUGCCCUUAAGUUGGAGCUGGAAAAUAGACGACUCCUGGCAGCUUUGGAUAGUCUCAAAGAAUCGUCCUUCCAUGAAUCGUCGAAUAAAAUUCUGGAGUUGGAGAAGGACAAAAAGAAGCUUUCUCUCCGACUUGAUCAGGUGCAGGAGAACUGUAACCGACAUGUACAGCAAAAUUCGGAGCUUGAAAAUGUUUUCAAAAAUGCAUUAGAAGAAAACAAGAAACUACAGGAUGCUUUAGAUGCCAAGCAGCAGAUUCUGGACAAACAGGGACACGAUCGAGAACUUGAUCGGAUACGUCAAAUAGAUUUAGAAAAGCAAAUUGAAAGCCUUACUAAAGAUAAACAACGAGUGCAGAAUCUUUGCGAAAGCAUCCAGCGAAGAACGGCAGAUUUGGAGCGUUCGAUAGAAAGUAAAACAAAUGAAAUCCUUCAGCUCAAUGAUCGAUGCUUAGAGCUUAAUGAUGUUAAAAAAGAAGCGUACGAUCUUAAUGUGAAGGUUGCAUCAUUGGAGAGGGAAAAUAGUAAUCAAGCAAAGGAUUUAGUAAAAUACAAGGAAAUAUUGGAACAAAAAGAUGUUAAACUCGACGAAACACUAGUGAAGGUAGAACAAAAUGAAAAAGAAAUUGGUCAACUAGUAAAACAGUUAGAAAAGAAUGCAGCAAUAGAGCAAAAAAUUAAAGAUAUGGAGAAAUUAAACAAUGAGCUUCUAUCGCAACAAAAUAUUAAAGAUGAAACCAUUUCGACACUAAAGAAAGAUCUAUACAAUGGUACUUUAGCAACAAAAAAAGUCAAGCAGAAUCUGGAACGGUUGGGAUUGAAUGAAAACGAUAUGGAGAAAACCGAUAUGAAUGUUGAAAUUUUUGUUGAAAAGCUUUGCAAAAAUCCAGAAUCAUUUAAAACAGUCCGAGAGAUCGUUUUGAACGUGGGUAAAGAAAUAACCAAAUCGGCAGAUAUUUGUGUUCUCUGCCAUAAACAAGAAAUUUACACGGUUGAGAAAGAUAUUGAAUUCAGUAACUACAAUGAGGCAUCUACUCCGAAUGAUAUGGAACUUAAAUUAGAACAGUUGAAGCUUGAAAAUGCCGGUCUACAAUGGGCCAACGAAUCCCUCCAGGCUGAAAAUGCACGCCAGAAAGUAGAAAGUGCAACAUUGGGUUCUCAAAUCACCUCCUUGAAUACUCAGCAUAUUGCUUUACAGUUGGCGAAUUCACAGCUGGCUGCCGAAAAAGAUAUGCUAGUUAAGCAAGUUGAGGCCAAAAAGCAUGCCUAUGAAUCUCUCCAGCAUGACCAAGUAACGUUGCAGUGUCUUCACGAGCAGCUUAGUAGCGAAUAUGAUUCACUUAACAGCGAAAAAGAAAUUCUGAAAAAUUCCUAUCGUGAUCUUAAGACGGAAAAUCGCGAUUUGAAAGAGCACACACUGGCACUAGAGAAACAGUUGGAAGACUACAAGCUGGAGUUGGCAUCGAUGAAGGACGGUAUCACCAAUCUAGCUAAUUUGAGAGCAGAGCACUCGAAAUUAAAAGAUGACUUCCGAUGCUUAUUUACAAACAGUGAACGGCUCAAGCAAGAAUUCAAGAAUAGACAGGAACAGUACCGGGCUUGUAGAACUGAAAACAGUCGGCUAAAGCUCCAGAAUACAGAGUUGAGCGGUGAACUGAGCAAUAAAGUAGAGCAGAUUACGAAUCUCGAAAUAGAGUAUACCAAGAUGCAUCAGCGAUGCGAGAUUCUCCUGCAAAUGAAUUCCAGUUUAGAUAUAGACAGGCGAACUCUUAUGGAUCACGUGUCACAGAUUUUAGCUCAGUACCACGAGCUUUUGGCCCAUUCUCUUGAGGAUAAACAGCACUAUCAUGACGAGGAAAAGAACUUCACAGAUCGUGUGAACAAUUUGCACCGCCAAAAGGAAAAGCUAGAAGAAAAGAUCAUGGAGCACUAUCGGAAACUAGAUAGUUGUUCGCCGAAAAAGAAGCCAUUUGGAUUGAAUUUCGUCAAAAAAGUGCGCAAAGCAGGUUCAGAACUUAUGAAUCGUGUUCCUAAUCGGAAUCGUCGUUCUUGGGUAGAUGAACCGAGACUAACACAAUCGCAGUUCACACUCGGCUCUGAAUCUGGGGGAAAUGAGUCAGAUAAUAGCAUAGAGGAACCGAAUUCGGUAGCAUCAGAUACGAAUCUGCUGCAGAGAAAUGCUGUAUUGAGGCAAAGUUUACAACGGAAGCCUAACAAUGAAGCUUUGAAUACAAGUCUUUUAAGAGGAGGCAUAAGAAGCAGCUUGCAAGCGUCCCGAAGAGAUGAAACUACGCAGGCACAUAGGAACAGCUUUCCAGGAUUCGACACUGGGAACGAUGCACUGAAUCUAGGAACUGCCGGAACACGCCGUACGGUUUAUUUGAUGGAAGAAAAAGCAACAAAUGCCACUAAUUCUGGUUCUAGCACGCCAACAGGUGGUGUCGGUCUGUCAAGCUCUUCGCCUCCAGCGUCGCUAACAUCGCCAGCACCACCGCCGUCCGGUGCCAACCCUUCACCAUCUCAACCAACAGGUGGUGCUGCAAAUACUUCAAAUACUUCUAAUACAACGUCAACUAGUAAUGAUAAUAAUCCCAACACAACGAACAGCAAUGAUACAUUUCUCCUACUCAAUCGAAUCUCAACGACAACUCUAAAAACAACGGAAACCAGCACACACCCGCAAACGACAGUGGUAAAUCCCAACCCUUCUGGAAGUCCUCAAACAACCAACACGGAAACGGUGAUCGUUAUUGCAGAUGAUGCUAACAAGAAAGAUUCUACCAGCAAGAAACCCAAGAAUGAUGCAAAAAAUCGUGAAAAUACUAUCUGGUAUGAGUACGGGUGUGUAUGAGAGUAGUAGUAGAUGUACCUUGAAUUGAAAAGGUAUUUUACUUAAGAGGUUGAAUCUCUAUAAAAGCUUGACAUCUCAAUCUAUUGUUUACCGUUUGUCUGUCACUGGCAUUCCAAUCAAGCGCGAUGUUAACAGUAUCCGAAUCAUGAAAAAUCUCUUAGAAUCCUUCUCGAACAAGAGCAUCGACAGUUUUCGUGCUCGAUUGGAAUGUCACUGACAAAUGGAAGAAAAAAAAAGAUUAAUAUGUCGCGUCUUUAUUUAGAUUGAACGCCUCAAAAAUUGCAAUAGAUGCAAUAGUCGUAUUCAGCUACGGUUCUCCUAAGAAAUGGAUGUUUCAAAAUCCUCCAAUCAAUGCUCUUCGUUAGACUGUAUACGUUGAACUGCGUUCUAUAUAUCUCUAUGAUAUAUAAGUUUUAUCGUCGAAUAACACAUUUGUUUUUUCUCCUUUUUUGUGACACGGGCCUGUUGGUCCAUAUAUUACAAAAUUAUUCUUCGUAUUAUUGGGUACACUAUAGCUAGAAAGCUCAAAACCAACCAACCUUUCUUUGAGAGAACGAAUAGUUUUUCAUAAUGGGAAUCUUUCCCAGUUACCAGUUUGAUCUUUAACUCCGCAUAUCUCUUCCUAUGAGGAUAAUUAGUUCAACUGACGUACAUUACUAAACUCGUGUUGGAUGGCACCUGUUAGUAUCCGGUUCUAGUGGCACUGGGAUUUACUGGGAGUAUGAAUACUGUACAUCAAGUCAAACCCCAAAAGGACUUCAGACAGAAACUGAGAAUUCUGGCUAAAAUGACAUAUCCAAUUCUGACUCGCUUUUGUUUCAAAUGCUGCUGAAGUUAAUGAUGCGUAUUCGGACUUUUUUCGCAUUUUUAUUUGUAACACGAUGAAUAGAAAAAAAAAUCACUUCCCGGUCCCGCCUAAUCCGGGACGUCUGGUCACUUUACCCCUAUCGCUUCACUGGGCAAACUGUCAUAAAUGCUUACCCAUGUGGCUAAAUCAAGCGCGUGUUUACAUUUUCGUAGAACAAUUAAGAAUUGUUUUGAAAUUUCGGUAUUAGGAAGAUUAUUUUGGACGCCAUUAUGGCACGUAAAAUGCUGGAUAAUUUUUUUUGAAUGACGUCAGUCUCGUUUAAGCACUCCUAUAAUCUUCACCAUUGAACACUUACUUAAAAAGAAAAAAGCGCAUUUAUAAACUAUGAUCCUACCAUGACAUGUUCACAGAAAAAAAAACUCGAAAAAAAACUAGUAGGAAAGCGAUGAUUAAAAAUAGUAUUACAAAAGUUAUUCUAAUGUUAGACCUAAAAUAGUUUCGUACUUAGCUUCUAUUCCAUUUCAUCAAUGCUUGCUCCAUUUACACUCCAGAAACGUUACUAUACACAGACUUGGCAGGAUUUGUUUGUGCAGUCAAAUGAACUGUUGAAAAGUACAGCCAAACGAAUAUUCGGAAAAGAAAACGGCCCAGUAAGGCCAGUCGGAGUACUGAUUGGCUCUAGUCCAAGACUCUGCAAGGUGGCCUUUUUUCUAGCAAAUAUCUGCCUUUGUAAAAAUCAAAUCAACCCAAUGUGAAAGCACCGUUUGUUGGCUAUUUAAAAACCUGCACAUCGCCAUAGCCUUGCCCGAGGGCUGUUCAAGUCCAAGAAAGUUCAGCCGGAAAAUUAGUAGGAAUUUUGGUGAGUUCUAGUUAGUAUUCCGGUUUCAGUGAUAUAAUUGAUUCUAAUUAGACUCGGUUGUAGCACUGGAGCCGGAUUGGCGGCUCGUUAUUCGGCUGGACUUAUUUUGGUUGAUUACUUGUUUUACUGUUUUUUCUGUGCAAAUCAAACUAUCAAAAACUAGACAACGAAUUAUAAAUCGAGAAAACCCUAUAAAAUAGUUUUAAAAUGUGCUUUUCAGACGUUUGAUAAAUACUCUGAGAAACCUUUGUGUAAAAUAUAGUAUAAUAAGUAUAAUUUUUCAAAUGUAUACAACACUUUGUACUUAAUAAAACUUAGUUAUUCAUGCUUUACUGGUAUAUCAAAUGAAUCUCCUAAUUAUGUAUAAAUGUGAUAAAGUAUUAUUUACACUACUAAUCAACCAGUUGAAAUCAGUUCUACAAAGAUAAAUACAUUAAAUCGAAAUGGUUCCUUUUGGUUACAUUUAAAAUUCAAUGCAGAAUCAAAUUCCAAAAUCUAGAUAGUGAUAGACUUGAUAACCAAUACACACGCAAGCCUAAAAUAUUUAUAAAUGCAACGUCGAUUGCGGUAUGAUAACGCGUUUGCUGAUUGAAUAAAUCAUGAAGUUGAGAAUUUGUAA